CGAGCUGGGCUAAGGGGGUCAGGCUGAGGGAAGACAGAACCGGGCCGGGCUGAGGGGGUCAGGCUGAGAGAGGGCGGAACCGGGCCGGGCUGAGGGAGCGGAGCCGGGCUGAGGAAGGAGUGAGCCGAGCCGAACCGAGCCAGGUUGAGGUACCGGGCUGAGGGAGAAGGGAGCCGAGCCGGGCUGAGGUACCGGGCUGAGGGAAGAGGGGGCCGAGCCGGGUUGAGGUACCGGGCUGAGGGAAGAGGGGGCCGAGCCGAACCGAGCCGGGCUGAGGUGCCGGGCUGAGGGAGGAGGGAGCCGGGCCGAACCGAGCCGGGCUGAGGUGCCGGGCUGAGGGAGGCCACGGUGAGGCGAGACCGGCCCCGUGGAGGCAGCAUGUCGGGGGCGGCGAGGACAGCCAUCUGCCUGCUGCGCUGCGACCUGCGCGCCCACGAUAACCAGGUGCUCCACUGGGCUCAGGGCAACGCGGAUUUCGUUGUUCCCCUCUACUGCUUCGACCCGCGGCACUACCUGGGCACCCACUGCUACGGCUUUCCAAAGACGGGGCCCCACCGGCUCAGGUUUUUGCUGGAAAGUGUGAAGGAUCUAAGAGAGACACUCAAGAAAAAAGGAAGUACCCUGGUUGUGAGGAAGGGGAAGCCAGAAGAUGUGGUCCGUGAUCUGAUUACUCAGCUGGGCUCUGUCAGCGCUGUGGCUUUCCAUGAGGAGGCCACGCAGGAGGAGCUGGAUGUGGAGAAGGGGCUGUGCCAGGUGUGUAGUCAGCACGGGGUGAAAAUCCAGACGUUCUGGGCAUCCACGCUAUAUCAUCGGGACGACCUUCCCUUCAGGUCCAUUUCCAGGUUGCCUGAUGUCUACACCCAUUUCCGAAAAGCGGUGGAAUCUGAGGCGAAGGUCCGGCCAACCCUGCGCAUGGCAGAUCAGCUGAAGCCUCUGCCUCCAGGGGUAGAAGAAGGGUGUAUCCCUACAAUGGAGGAUUUGGGACAGAAGGAUCCUGUGACUGAUCCACGAACAGCCUUCCCCUGCAGUGGAGGAGAGACCCAGGCUUUAAUGAGACUGCAGUAUUAUUUCUGGGACACGAACCUGGUUGCAUCUUACAAGGAGACUCGGAAUGGACUGGUGGGAAUGGAUUACUCAACCAAAUUUGCACCAUGGCUGGCUCUGGGCUGCAUUUCACCUCGAUACAUCUAUGAGCAGAUUCAGAAGUAUGAAAAAGAGAGAACGGCAAAUCAGAGCACAUACUGGGUCCUGUUUGAACUGCUGUGGCGGGAUUACUUCCGAUUUGUGGCCCUGAAGUAUGGCAAAAGGAUUUUCUCAUUAAGAGGGCUUCAAAGUAAAGAAGUCCCCUGGAAAAAGGACCUUCAGCUCUUUGACUGUUGGAAAGAGGGCAAAACAGGGGUUCCUUUUGUGGAUGCCAACAUGCGAGAGCUGGCUGCCACCGGCUUCGUGUCUAACAGAGGGAGGCAGAACGUGGCCAGCUUUCUCACCAAGGACCUGGGGCUGGACUGGAGGAUGGGGGCAGAGUGGUUUGAAUACCUGCUGGUGGAUUACGACGUUUGUAGCAAUUACGGCAACUGGUUGUACAGCGCUGGCCUUGGCAACGACCCACGGGACAACAGGAAGUUUAACAUGAUUAAACAAGGCCUGGAUUACGAUGGCAACGGGGAUUACGUCCGGCUGUGGGUCCCGGAGCUACAGGGGAUAAAGGGAGCAGAAAUCCACACCCCCUGGGCUCUGAGCGCUGCUGCUCUCUCCCAGGCAGGAGUGACUCUGGGUGACACCUACCCACAGCCCGUUGUGACAGCCCCAGAGUGGAGCAGACACAUCAACCAGAGGCCCCAGGGACAAAGACCCCACCCCAGGGGCAAGAGGGGACCCGCACACACGCCGAGGCAGCACAAAGACAGAGGGAUAGAUUUUUACUUCUCUCGUAAGAAGGAUGUACAGUGAGAGCUCUCCGGGUGCGUGCAGGAGCUUGUGCUGCUGAAGAUGCCAGGAUAAUGGUUAAUCUCUUUGCAUCCAGCCCACGGUACAAGUCUGUUUGGCCCCCACCAAACAACUAGGAUCUGCUUCUCAGGUGUUCCCAGGGAUGGGAUGUGGAUCCUUGGAGGCUGGGAAUCACCGACCGCGCUGAUGGGAUCUCCUGUUUCCCCUGUGGUGCUUGGGCUGCUGCUGUGGGCUCACAAGAACUUCACCUGUCCCUCUCCAGGAGGGGCUGCCUUUCAGUACCAAGCAUCUGACUCCCAGGGUAUUGCUCUCAACUCUGCAAAGCCCUAACUAAUUAAUUAACCAAAAUAGCCUUUCUGUUUGGAGGAGGUGUGACUGCUUUCCCAGUGCCUCUUGCUUUGUGCUGGUGCUUACAGCUGUUACAGCUACAUUUCCACCUCUCUUUACAGGUGGUUGGUGUGUCAGUCACAACUCUUCCUAGUGAACUUUCCUAUGCUAUAUUUUUUUUCAUGUUUUAAAGCUUUAAAACUGCUCGUCAAUGAGCAAUUAAAAGUUUUGCUACUGGAAUAUUUCCUCUAAAUCAUUUCCACAGAGACCCACAGACAGUGAGAU